CACACGGACUCAUAGUACCGCGCCUCUUGGUAUCUACACGUUGCAUCGACCGAGUCUUACCUCACGCAGGACUUGCACGCUUCUCUCACACGGUAUUUCACGAUGGCUACAACUCUUCUCGUACUUUUACAUGUGAACGGAUAAUCGUCGCUGGCUGAUCGUUCAAUCGUCGAAGACGCGUCUGACGAUAUUCACUACCGCUCGCUGGGAAUCGAUCGGUUACUAACUGAACUAACUGUAGGAAAAUGUCUAUUGGACCUCAAGAAGUGGUUAGAUCGGAAGUCGAGGGUGGUUUAUCAGGACCAGCCAAUCCGAUUCCGAACAAAUCAAUGGAUUGUGGCUGCGCGCAAUUGCGUUGUCCGAAAUUGGCAAAGUUCGCAACAAGAUCUUUCUUCGUUACACUUUUAUUUUGGAUCGGACUUAUCCAGGCUGCGGCACAGGCGUAUCUAUACUUGACUGGGCCCACGUUGGCCAGAAGAUUCCAGAUCGACCCCUACCUUAUAGAUUGGAUUCUGGUCGUCUCGGAAAUUACUCCGUUCGUUGUUGGAGUUACAGUGGCUUACUGGGGUGACAGAAUUCAUAGGGCCGCAUGGACCGGGGCUCUGGUUCUCAUCCAGUGUGCAGGAUUCUUGUCUAUGAUAAUUCCUCACUUGACGCAUCACGUCAGGAUCAUUGAGGAAACUGAAAAUGUCACGCACAUGUCUUUGUAUUCCGAGGAUAGUCCUGAGCUGUGCUAUGUGGAGUUUCCGAGAAUCGUCAUUGAGAAAAGUGACACUUGUUACUUCACUCUUGGACUCUUGAUCCUGAUACAAUUUUUAUCUGGGAUGGCUAGUGUGGCUUUUUAUGCUCUUGGAAUUUCAUAUUUGGACGACAACACGAGAAAAUCCCGCGUAGCUGGAUUCAUUGGUCUUGUCUUGUCUUCGAGGAUUUUUGGAUAUCUCUUGGGACUCCUUCUAGCCUGGUUGUGUCUUCGGAUAGAUGCCGAGAAUUUUAAUAUCAUAGAAUCUUCUCAGGAGCAGAUUGGUGCCUGGUGGUUAGGAUGGCCUAUCUUGGCAUUCGCGUUAGCAAUUCCCGGAAUAUUCUUAUCGAUAUUCCCAAGAAGAUUGAUAUCCGAGGUUGUCGAUUCGGCCGCAGCAUCCAUUCUGGACAUGGCUGGACAAUCCCGUAGAUCUUCCCAGAAAUCCCUGAAUACGAAAGUAGGAAGUACCAGCUUCCUUCCAUCGAUCCUAAGACUAAUGACCAAUAACAUCGUUAUAUGUAAUAUCUUGGGAGCAAUGUUUUGCUUAACAGCUAUUAUGAACUUCAUGAUGUUCGAGAACAUCUUUUUGGAAUCUCGAUUUUACUUACCAAGGCCAAACGGGAUCCUUUUAGGCUUCGGCGAUCCUUGGACUUCACGAAUGGUCACAACAAUGAUCAAGCCCAUUCUCAUCGGCAUCGUAGUGAUCGUGUCUGGAUUCAUAAUAUCCGGGAAAAAGCCAGGACCACGAUACUUGGCAGGAUAUAACGUGAUGGUGACGAUCGUGGCGUCAACGUUAAUAUUUGCACUGGCAUAUGCAACUUGUAACAAACCAUCGAUAGUCGGCGAACGUAAAGGAUCCAUCUACUUGCUGAAGUACUGCAACAAGAAUUGUCAUUGCUCUCGCGAGGCAGACUUCCGUCCAGUUUGCGACAGCAACGGGAAAUUCACGUUCUACAGUGCCUGUCACGCAGGGUGCACUGUGAGUUCUUACGUGAACAACGAGAAAGUCUAUGGAGGAUGCAGCUGCGUCGAGGAGAUGACAGGUUUGGGAAAUACUCAAGCCAGCGAUGGUCCUUGUAACUCGAGCAGUUGCCGAAUUGGCUUAAUAGUCUAUCAGGUUGGCACUAUUCUAGCAUAUACUUUAGUAGCCUCCAGUAUGGUCGGGCACCUGCUGAUCAAUCUGAGAUCAGUCUACGUCCAGGACAAGGCGUUGAUGAUUGGGUUCUGGAUGACCUGGGUUGCCAUAGUCGUUUUCGUACCGGGAAGAUUACUCUACCACAAGAUUGCUGCUCUCACUUGCAAGCACUGGGGUUCUCAGGGUGCCUUGUGUCACUUGCACGAUACCAAAACUUUCGGGGACUACAUGUGCUACUUGACAGCGUUCCUGCUGUCAGUCGGGGCCAUAUUUCAGAUUCUAGUUUGGUACUGGAGCCGCAAGCUGAGGCUUUACAGUAAUUCCCUGGGGGAGAGAGAGAAUAGCGAGAUGAAGGAACUAUCGAGCACGCAAACAGUGCCUUUAUUGGAUCCAGUAGCAGGACCUUCCGGUAGCAAGUCCAGCGAUACGGUAAACCAUAUCGAUGAGGAACAAGAAGAUAAUUCUGAACCUACGCAAGAACCAGCAGCCCAAGAAGCUGAAAAUCCCCCAGACUCGUCCAACCAACCUCUGAAGUAUGGACCUCUGGGACCUGGUGAUCGUAGGAACGAGACCAGUCUACCUCUCAAGAGCUUAUCCGUCGUGGAAGAAAAAAAUGUCGAAUCUGCAGACGAGCUUGAUAGCUCAAGCGACGAGGGUAACGAAGAGAAAAAUUCCAGUCCCAAAAUAGCAUACAAACCGCUGGAAUUAGAUUCGGACGUGGAGAGUGACUUGAGUAGUGUAGGACCAAGAUCCAGACGCAGAGUAAAGAGCAAAGAGUUUGAUCCCGUCCUAAACAAUGUUGGGAUAGCGUCAUUCCCUGUGACAGGAAAAGCAUUUCCCAAUCCUGACGACUAUGGAAAUCCUAGAUCGUCACCUAAACCAAACUCCUUGUUAAGCUCAGAUUCCCUGAGUCCUGUUCACGAAGGUCCACCCGAAUCCGACAUCAGAAACCAAGAUGGGUUCUCAUUGACGAAUAGUUUUGAAUAUACAAGGAAGAAGAAGCCAAACGGUCUUCUUAAAAAUUCAGAACCGUACCGCCUGACAGGAGACUUCAAUGAGGUUGGAAUACCGAUUGCGGAGAGUCCAACGAAUUCCCCGGAACCCACUGUAGAGAUACAAAGCAUUCAAAUAACAAUGCCAGUCUACGGGGCGAGUCAGGAUGACCUGAACGUUGCACGAUCGUCGAUAGAAUCGCUCGGUGGGAACGUAAGUUAUCAUUUGGAAGACGUCGUAGCUGAACCGGAAGUUCCAGCCUUGCCAGUAAGACCUCCAUCAAGAGGCCAAACGUCAUCUGGUUUCGGUAGCUUACCGGAUGUCGAAGGAACAGGUACUCCUCUUCCGUUGAGUCCGUCAUCCAUAUUGAAGUCCCAAGAGAGUCUGAACUCUGGAAGUUCACGGGACCGACCUCCUCCACUGAACACCGAUUUUUGAAUGGGACACUUUAAUAGGGAUCCAAUGUAAUUGCGCGAGAAAGACUCGCGAUCCAUAGUACAAU